ACAGACAGACAAAACCAUAUCAUAAAAGACCGCUUCAAGCCAAUACUACCCCCACCACGUUGCUCUCUCUCUCUCUCUCUCUCACACACUCCGUGUGGUGUUGUUGCAAUCCCGCUCACAGAAUCUCAAGAUACUUGUGAAUUGUGAUCACCGCCCAGCCCUAAAUUACCAGAAAUCAGUGAGAAAAUUCAUUGGACGAACACAAAAAAAGAAGAAGAGAAAUUGGACAACGGGCUCUGAAUUUUAAAGCUUUUAAAUGGCUCCAGAUACUUCUCCCAAUGCCGAAUCCCCAAGGCGACGGAUGGGCUUACUAAGGGAUCAAGUCCAAUUGGUUAAAAGAAAGGACUCCGAUCGUUAUGAGAUUGUCCCAAUCCAAGAUCCACUGUCAUUUGAGAAGGGUUUCUUUAUUGUUAUCCGUGCAUGCCAGUUGUUGGCCCAAAAAAAUGAUGGGAUAAUCUUAGUAGGAGUAGCAGGUCCUUCUGGGGCUGGAAAAACUGUGUUUACGGAGAAGAUUAGUAACUUUAUUCCCAGUAUUGCUGUGAUAACCAUGGACAACUAUAAUGAUGCUAGCCGCAUUAUUGACGGAAACUUUGAUGAUCCACGCUUGACUGAUUAUGACACACUGCUCGAGAAUAUUUGUGGUUUAAAAGAAGGACGGUCUGUUCAAGUUCCCAUAUAUGAUUUUAAAUCUAGCUCUCGCAAAGGCUACAGGACACUUGAAGUACCUAGCUCUCGCAUUGUGAUAAUUGAAGGUAUAUAUGCCCUGAGUGAAAAAUUACGGCCUUUGCUAGAUCUGCGUGUCUCUGUUACGGGCGGAGUGCAUUUUGAUCUUGUCAAACGGGUUUUGAGGGACAUUCAACGUGCUAGACAAGAGCCCGAAGAGAUUAUCCAACAAAUCUCUGAAACGGUAUAUCCUAUGUACAAAGCUUUUAUUGAGCCAGAUCUACAAACGGCACAUAUAAAAAUUAUGAACAAGUUUAACCCAUUCUCCGGAUUUCAGAAUCCCACUUAUAUUUUAAAGUCAACAAGGGCUGUGUCUAGGGAUCAAAUAAAGGCUGUUCUUUCUGAAGAACACAGAGAAUCCACGGAGGAAACUUAUGAUAUUUAUCUUCUGCCGCCCGGUGAAGAUCCGGAAGCAUGCCAAUCAUAUCUGAGGAUGAGGAACAGGGAUGGAAAGUACAAUCUCAUGUUUGAGGAAUGGGUUACAGAUAUUCCAUUCAUCAUUUCACCAAGGAUCACAUUCGAAGUUAGCGUCCGCCUCCUUGGUGGGCUGAUGGCUUUAGGGUACACAAUUGCAGCCAUCCUGAAAAGAAGCAGUCAUGUUUUCUCUGACGACAGGGUUUGCGUCAAAACUGAUUGGUUAGAACAACUUAAUCGGCAGUAUAUUCAGGUGCAAGGAAGAGACCGUCUUUAUGUGAAGUAUAUAGCAGAUCAGCUGGGCUUGGGUGGUUCAUAUGUUCCUCGCACUUAUAUAGAACAAAUUCAGCUGGAAAAGCUUGUAAAUGAUGUUAUGGCAUUGCCAGAUGAUCUGAAGACAAAGCUUAGCAUAGAUGAUGAUGUGGCUUCAAGCCCUAAAGAAGCUCUAUCCAGGGCCUCUGCAGAUAGGAGAACCAAGUUUCUCAAUCGUAGUAUGUCAUAUUCAACACAGCGUGACAAGAAUCUGCCUAAUCUGACUAAGCUUGCAGUUAAUAAUCGGAGAUUUGAUGGAAGAACCCCAGAUUCACCAGCAACACUUGCUAGCCAGGGAGUCAUAACUCAACUCUCAGAACAAAUUUCCACGCUGAAUGAGCGAAUGGACGAGUUUACAUCUCGUAUUGAAGAACUAAAUUCAAAAUUCUCUAUCAAGGAAGUUUCCGCCAGCCAUCAAAAUUUGGCUUUGCAGGCUGAAUCCUGCAAUGGCUCCGGACCCACUUCCGUUUUCGUGGCUGGUUUAGGCAAUGGUUCAAUCACAGGCUCGCUACUACCCAAUUCCUCUUCUUCUUCCCAAUUAUUAAGGGAGUCUCCACUGAUGGAAGAGGUAUUACUCAUUGCAAGAUCACAACGUCAAAUUAUGCAUCAAAUAGACAAUCUGAGCAAUCUCCUGCACGAGUUCUUGGGAGAGAGGUCCCGCCAAGGAAGAACAGAUAGGACAGGCACAACAAUAGAUGUUGAAUCCAUUGGUGUUCCUCUAGUCCUAUCUCUGGCUAUUGCUGGUAUGGGUAUCUUUUUGUUCAGAACUUUCUCAUCCCAAAAAUGACUCCUGUGCUGAAGAACCUUCUGCAGCAUCCUAGAGAGAGAGAUAUUUUAAGGCUUAGACAAAUUGCAGUAUCGUAAUGUCCUUGUAGAGUUUCAAACGAAUUUUAAGGGUCCAAGAGGUAUGGAAGUCUGAAUGAGGGAAAUUUUCAGGCUUGGACAAAUUGCAGUAAUGUAAUGUCCUCUCACAACUGAUUGUAAGGGUCCAAGGGGAACUUUUUUACCCACUAUCCUUGUGUUGGGAGAAGAUGAACUUUUUUUUGCCCCAUUCACCACUGCAUUUACAUGUUAUUGAGUUGCUCCGUUGGUGCUCCUACUUUCAAU